GCGUCAGCGGCAGGCGGAAGGCAGCGGCUCCCACCAUGCUCCGGCAGGACAGCAGUGAUGACAUUGAAGAUGUGUCUCUCUUUGAUGCAGAUGAUGAUGUAUCCAGGAGAUCCAGAAAGUCAAAAAUAAGGCACCCAGUGGCGUCCUUCUUCCACUUGUUCUUCCGAGUCAGUGCUGUAGUUGUCUAUCUGCUCUGUGAGCUCUUAACUAGCAGCUUCAUUGCCUGCAUGGUGACAAUCAUCCUCCUCCUCUCGUGUGACUUUUGGACCGUUAAGAACAUCACAGGGAGAUUGAUGGUUGGCCUUCGCUGGUGGAACCAAGUGGAUGAUGAUGGUAGAAGUCACUGGGUGUUUGAAGCUAGGAAGGCAUCAGCACAGAGAAGUAAAACCUCAUCAGAAGCAGAGUCCAGAAUUUUCUGGUUGGGUCUAAUUGUCUGUCCUAUCAUCUGGGUGAUCUUUGCCUUCAGUGCUCUCUUCUCUUUCAAAGUGAAGUGGCUGGCAGUGGUGGUGAUGGGAGUGGUGCUUCAGGGAGCCAACCUUUAUGGUUACAUCAGGUGUAAAGUGGGUAGCAGAAAGAACUUGACAAGCAUGGCCACCAACUAUCUGGGGAAGCAGUUCUUGCGGCAGACUGUGGCCAAAGAGGACCAACCAGCAUCCUGAGCUGUGUGGAAGCCUCAAUUCAGGCUGGAUUCUCAGUAGUGGACAGCAGAGAAUGUUGCUGUGACCUUUAGAUCUGGGAGCUGCAUACCUGAGGUGUGAAUUAAAAGAAGUAAAUAAAUUGUUGAAGGCUUCAGGUUAACCCUCCUGGCAACUUCA